GGCCUGGGGCUGAUCCAAUCUCCUGCUCUCGCGGGCAGGGAGUCCGGGGCGGCCGCGGAGUCCACACCCAGGGGUGGCUGAUCCCGCGCUUCCCGGAGCCUAGCAGGCGCUCGCUGCCUGAACCGGUCAAAGAAAGAACGAAUUCUUUUGCCAGGAUGGGGACCCGGGGGCCUCAGGGAGCUGCGAAUCCCACGGACUCCUCCCCCAGGCCUUUCCCGCGCGAGGGGGAGCGCGGGACUCCGCUGGCUCCCGGCGCCCCGAAUCCCGGGACGGCAGGGAAGAGCCAAAGCCUGGGCGGCGGGCACGAGGACAGGUCGGCAGGUCGGGCCCUCGGACCUCGGGCCGGAGAGGAAUUGGACCGUGAGUCCUGGGUCAGAGAGAAAGUGCUCUUUCUCCUGCACCCAGAGAGGUGGUUAGGGACUCAGGGGGACCCUGCACGGGAAGCGAUGGCCGGGGGAGAGGACCAGGGCCAGGAGCCCAGCUGCUCUUCUCAUGUCUUUCAACGAGAACAGCGAAUUUCUGGCAGGCGUGUAGCCCCGCCGCGGGACCCAGCAGACCCACCCAAAUACGUGCUGGUGCGGGUGGAGGAUUAUCAGGUAACGCAGGAAGUGUUGCAGACCUCGUGGGCCAAGGGUCGCGUGACCACGAGGACUGAGGAGCACUCUGUGACCGCGCUCACUUUUCGCAGCAGUAGAGAGAGACAGCCUGGGGGGCGCCGGGGCCCCUGCUGAACCCCGGGCUCUCCAGGCACGGAGAAAGGCACCCCGCGUCCACGCCGCGGAGAGGAGGGUUUCACCAUCUCCAGGGAGCUGGCUCGAGGAGAUUACACUUUAAAGAGGAGCCCGAGAAAUGUUCCGGGACGGUGGAUGAGCGAUCAUCCUUAAAAGAAAAUGCUUUUCUGGGAACUCCAAGCUGCAAUUAACCUGCAGAAGGAACCUUUCCAGAGGCUGGCGCAGCGCUUCAGAGAGGCAGAUAAGAAUUGUGCUCCUGACCCAAGCAGAACCCUGUCAUGGGAAGAGCCUGAGAAAUCUUAACCCAUUUACAAGUGACCUGGGAAUGCAUCCAAAAGUGAAUUGGCAUCCUCAACACUAAGAAAUCUGUGAGAAUGGCUGGGCCUUGGCUGUUCGAUCUUACCUCUACUCCACUGAAAAAUAAGAUUAUCUAAAAUUGUGUUUGGUGGAUGAACCACAUCAAAGACUUCCAGAAGCCACUCCAGUGACCGGAAGACAAAUGUCAGAAUUGCAUAGCCACCAGGAUCAGGCAAGUGUCACACUCUCUUAAAACUCUUUGUUUACAGCCAUCAUCUCCUCUCGGGAAUAAUUACAUUUGACUUGCUACUUAUUUUUGGUGGACGUUACCAGUGUGUGGUGAUAAAACUUGACAUGGCUCUUUGCUUUGAAAAAGAAAAAAAAAAACAACUUUUUCUUUUAAUAAAAAGUUAUACACACUGCAUAAAAUUGGGGAAAUAAGAAGAAAAAGAAAAUUAUUAUUAGAGAAACAAAAAUGUACAGAUAACCCCAAAUCUCUUUUAAUAUUUGGCAUGUUUCAAGUAUGAGUUUUUUGUUUUGUUUUGUUUUGUUUUUAUUUUAUAGAGAUAGUGCAC